AGGAUUACGACAGUAGCACUUUACGGCAGUUAUUUCUUGCUCUGCAGAGGAUCCGCUGCCAGAAACUUGAAGCUGCAGAUGUGCAACCCCGGGUUAAAAAACAAAAGCUGAUGGAAAACACAUAACGGCAUGAAAGAGACUGACACUGUGGCUGAGAAAGCUGAGCAAUGGCAGUCAGUGAGGAAAAUGAAGAGGAGGUUCCAAUGAGUCGUAGUUUCUCAGUAGAAGACCUCCUUGAUGAGGUGGAGAAGAUCUGCUACGAUGCGUCAGGGACAUCAAAGGUGGAGAUGGUGGUGAGGCUGUGGAAGGACGGCUUUACUAUAAACGACGGAGACUUCCGCAGUUACUCUGUGUCAGAAAAUCAAGAUUUCCUGGAUGCCAUCAAAAGAGGGGAGCUUCCAGCGGAGUGGGAGAGCAGAGCAGAGGAAGAGGAGCUGGAGAUCAGUGUGGAGGAUAUGACUGAAGAAAACUACGUCCCCAAGAAGAAGGCUUUUCACCCGUUCAGCGGGAGAGGGUACCGACUUGGCAGCGUUGCACCCAGAGUUGUGGCCCGGUCACCGUCUGUGCACGAGGACGGAGAAUCUCCUCCUAUUCCCAUGGUAACACUAGACCACUCCCUUCCCGUCACCUCUCUGCAGAUCUGGUUGGCCGACGGCAGGAGACUGGUACAGAGGUUUAACCUAUCGCAUAGGAUCUCUGACGUCCAGGAUUUCGUCACCCGCUGCCAGAGGAGCUGCCCACCUUUCAUCCUGACGACAUCACUUCCUUUCCGGGAGCUCAGCGACAAAGAAUUGAGUCUUGAGGAGGCGGAUUUGGCUCACGCCGUCAUCGUCCAGAGACCUCUGAACACACAGGCUCUGUUUGGACACUCCUGACCGAGACAGUCCCAUACCUCACACAGCAUGCUACCUUCCCCCCUUCUCUUCAUAAACAAGUAGUCUAUUUAUUUAUAUAUAUAUAUAUAUAUAUAUAUAUAUAUAUAUAUAUAUAUACAGAGAGAGAGAGAGAGAACACAAUGCGCCUCUUAGUAUUUUAAUCUUCACUGUGCACUUUGAACUGCACUUUGUUGUCAACAAGCUAAAGGUGAUAUUCUCACCAGAUUAGUCAGAAAGUACUAAUCAGGGGCUGUUCUGUUGAUAGCGUCUACUUUGACUUGAUCUUCUGGAGAGGAAAGUUUAUGUUUCCAAAAACAGGCUUAUGGAAACCCAGCAUAUCACUACACAGUGGUGUCACAUACAGCUCUGGAAAAAAUUAAGAGACCACAGCACUGAAGCUUCUGGUUAUUCCACCAAAUAUAGACUUCUGAACUCUUCCUGAGGUAAAACAUUAGUGUUGUUGAUUCUAAAUGAAUAUGAACUUGUUUUAUUUGCAUUAUUUGAGGUCUGCAAGCACUUCGUCUUUUACGUUAUUUUGACCAUUUCUCAUUUUCUGCAAAUAGAUAUUAAGAAAACAAUGUUCAUUUUACAGAAAAAAUCAGAAAAACUGAUCAUUUUAAGUGGUUUCUUAAUGUUUUUUUUUUUUCCAGAGAUAUUUACAGGUCUGGGCAGAAAUUCACAUCCACUCAUCAUAUCGCUAAAUAUGAUUAACUUUGGUCUCUUUUCUUUUUUAAAACUCUGCUUUUUGGGGGGAGGUGGACUGUAUAGCUUUAACAGUUUCUAAAAAUAAGUUUCUGGGGCAAAGGUUUUGAUUGGCUGGCGUUAUGCAUCCCGAAUGGCCUCCGAACGACCUCAGUCCUAUUGGAAAAACGAUAAACAAAGGCUUAAAAUCAGGGUCCGUGCCAGCAAACCAAUCAGAGUGAAUGAGCUCUGUUAGUUCUGACCAGAAGAGUGGUCAAACAUCCAGACAGAAUCAUCCACAAAAUCAUCCAAAAAGCCUGAUGAUUUCUUAAGCGACAUUUAUGAAAAUAUUAGUGUAUGUGUGUGUAUAUAUACAGUCCUGCUCACCAUUAUUGGCACCCCUUCAUGAUUUGCAUAGCUGAGUGAAUAUUUUCAGCAAUAAAUGGAAAUGUUCAAAACUUAUAUCAGCAGAAUCUUUCAAUUUGAGGUCCAAAGUAAUUUAACAAAGACAAUUACCAUUUCAACAUAAAUAUUUUAAUUCCAAAGGACAAAACAGAAAACCAGCAUGUGCACUAAUAUUGACACCCCUCUUUAAUAUUUGGUUGCGCAGCCUUUGGCAGCAAUGACAGCCUCCAAACGUUUCUUAUAUUCAUCUAUAAGCUUCUUGCACUUCUCGGGUGGCAUUUUCUCCCACACUUUUGCAAUAUGCUCAAGCUCUUGUACAUUACAGUUCCUUUCUCCAAUGGCAGAUUUCAGCUCCACCCAAAGAUUUUCAAUUGGAUUGAGAUCAGGACUCAUUGCUGGCCAUUUUAAAACAGUCCAUUUUUUUCCCUUUCAACCAACCAGGCCUGUGUGCUUUUGGAGGUGUGCUUUGGGUCAUUGUCUUGCUGGAGGAGCCAGGAUCUCCUUACACUGGGCAAGACAUUUCGCUCUAGAAUUGCUUGAUAAUCUUCUGAUUUCAUGAUGCCUGUGAUACGGUCAAGCCCUGCAGUACCAGAUGCCGCAAAGCAGCCCCAUAGCAUUAUGGAUCCUCCACCAUGCUUGACUGUUGGUAUGGUGUUCUUUUCUUUAAAGGCUUCAUUGCGCUGUCUGUAAACAUAUUGUUUGUGUGAUUUACCGAAAAGUUGCCACCGAGGAGCUUUUUGACCACCUUGGUGACCUGGUCCCCAGAGAUUGGAGAGCCCAACCCAGAGUCCCCAGGU